AUGGACGGGCGGGCCUUGUCGCUGGCGGAGGGGUUUGUGGCGGCGCGUUACAUCCAGGCGGGGGGUGAGGCACUCCGCGCCAAUGAGCGUGUGGUGCGCUCCCUCCUCGCCCAGCGCCGCUGCCCUGAGCAGGGCAUGUCUGAUGUCGCCAUUGAGUGGCUGCUGCACCAACUCGCGCUGAUGGACACAAACAACUUCCCCGCACACGUCGGUGCCGGGGAGCGGGAGGGCCGCAUCGCCGCGCCGCUCGUUGCGCGGAGGCACUACGGCCUCGCCCACGGAAUUGGCCGCUCCGGUGACGUCCUCAGCGACCAGCCGAAGGCGGCCGGUUCGAGUUUGAUGCAAAAAGUGACGAACUGCAUGGUGCUGGACCUGCUGCGACUCGCGGGGGCGCCGUCCAUCGAGUCCGCCGUGGUUUUUCCCAUGGCUACAGGCAUGACACUCGCGCUGGUGCUCCGCGCCCUGGCACUGCUGCGGCGGGAUGCGAGGCGGAAGGAGACGCCUGACGCCUCACUGGGCUUCCCUGAGGAGGAGCCGCGGUGCGUCAUUUGGACCCGCAUUGACCAAAAAACGGCGCUGAAGUGCAUCGAGGCGGCGGGGCUUGUGCCAGAGGCAGUGGAGCUUCGUCAUGCGCCCUUGCAGCGGCACGGCAGAGGGGGCGCACGCAAGGGCGGCAAAGGCGGCCUGCAUCCGUACUUUCUCCAGGUGCACGUGGACGACAUCGCCGCCGCGAUUGGACGCGUGGGUGGCCCUGGGCGCGUGCUUUGUGUGCUGUCGACCACUAGCUGCUUCGCCCCCCGCCUUCCCGACGACGUGCUUGCCAUCGCCCGGAUGUGCAAGGCGCUGAACAUCCCGUACUUGGUCAACAACGCCUACGGCGUCCAAAGUCGCGUCAUCAUGCGGCGCCUGGAGGCAGCGACGCGGCUGGGACGCGUGGACGCCAUGGUGCAGUCGGGGGACAAAAAUUUUCUUGUCCCCGUGGGCGGCGCCGUGCUUAGCGGGAGGAAGUAUCUUGUGGAUCGGGCCGCCGCGUUGUACGCCGGGCGUGCGAGUGCCUCACAGGUGAUGGACCUCUUCAUCACCGCACUGAGCCUCGGCCGCUGCGGCUUCCAGCGACUCUGGGACACCCGCUACGCGGUGCUGGGGAUGCUGCUGCAGCGGCUCCGCGGGUUUGCCAAGUCCAGGGGCGAGGUGCUGCUGGAGGACGAGGAUGAGGGGAAGACCGUCGUCGCUGCCGCGGACGGCCCAGACGGCGUCGCCGCUCUGGCGCCCUGUCUGGCAUGCGGGAUGCCUCGGAACGACAUCAGCCUCGCCAUGACGAUGCAUACAGUGGGAGGUGCGGCGAAUGCCAAGGAAAUUGGGGCGCGUCUGUUCCGCGGCGCCGUAACUGGGCCGCGCGUAAUUGUGCCGGAUCCGGCGGCCAAGCUGCUCUGCGGGCUGUCGUUUCGCAACUACGGCAUGCACACAGAUGCGGUGCCGCCGUGCCCGAUGCUUGUCAUGGCGUGUGGAGUGGGCAUGACGGUGGAGGAGGUGCGCGGGGUCAUGGAGCGGCUUGAGGCGGCGUGGCCCCCACCACCGCCAGCACCAGCAGCAGCAGCAGCAGCAGCAGCAGAAGGGACAUCAGUCACGGCAGUAACGACAUCCGCGGCAGCCCUGUCGUUGCAAGCGGUGAAAGAUGAGGCACCGCCCGCAGUUGGCUUCGAUCACGGUGUGGAUGGCGACGAGCGGGAGGAGGGGCAAGAGGCGGAGGGAACCGACGAGGAGGAGGAGGAGGAGGAGGAGGAGGAGGAAGAGGAGGAGGAGGAAGAGGAGGAGGAGGCGAUGGAGAAUGGCUGGCGGAGCCCCAGCCACUGA